AUGCCGUGCGAUAUCAGCAGAUAUGUAGACUGGGUGCUCCUAGGAGAUUGCUGGACCCGUGUUUCUGUCAUAGGUCCGAAUCCUUCGAUGGAAGUCUUUCGUGAGAUAAGAGACAUCAGUGUAGUUAUUUUGAUCUUACCUGGGAUUCCUGGUAGUGAUGGAUUCUGUGUUGAUUUUGGCCAAAAGCUAUUGAGGUGUCUGCUAUUGAGAGAUGAACAUGCCGCUUUUCCUAAACACCGGUUUAAACUCGACGAUCAAGUGCAACACCAACUAGACUUCGUACGGGAACACUUGCCUAGGACUCAGAAGGUACACGUUCUCGGACACAGCAUAGGCCGAUUUAUUGCAUUUGGAAGGUCACUUCCAUGUAUGAAGGACGACUUCAACGUGAAGAAGGCUAUAGGGCUGUUUCCCAUUGUUGAGAAAAUGGCUGAAUCUCCGAAUAACGUGCGCCUUAAACAAGUUCUAGCAGUGAUGUCGAUUACGCAACUGGUUAAAACAUUUGAAUACUAUGUCGGUAAGAAAGAAUUUCGUAGUUUAAAAACGAUAGCUACUCUAGUGGCUUGGAAAAGUUCAUCUGGUCUGCAAACGAUAGAGACGGUGGAUGAUCCACGAAAAGCAAGAGGGCCAGCACUACUGACUGAAGGUGCUGAAGUUGGGAUGGUCACUCACAAUAUCCGCUGA